CGGUGCUUGCCCAAACCCCUUCAACCUUGAACAUGUAAACAUUAUAUAAUACGUUAUCAUGGUGACGAGAAGCAAGUCUUUGAUGCGAAGCUCCAGUGUAGAUGAGAUGAAAGGAACUCAGUGACCUCAAGGAUUGAAUUUUGGGAAGAUAAGAAGUCCAAAAUGACUGAAUUAAAGCCAAGUCAACAGAUGCUUUCCUCGUGCACCGGAGCUGUGAUCACAUCUCUGUUUAUGACUCCAUUCGAUGUUGUCAAAGUACGCAUCCAAGCACAACAAAGAGCACGCCUUGAUCGUUCCUGCUUCUUGUAUUGCAAUGGUCUCAUGGAUCACAUCUGCAAUUGUGCAAGAACCAUUUGUACACAGCCAGAGAGUGCACCUUGGUACAACAGACCUGUUCCAGUACACUUGAAUGGAACUGUAGAUGCAUUUGUCAAGAUAUCUAGGCAGGAAGGCAUUCAGUCCCUUUGGUCUGGACUUCCACCAACACUAGUCGUAGCUGUACCAAACACCGUCAUAUACUUCACCUCCUAUGAGCAACUGCGUGCGAAAUUCCAUCAGCUUGCACCAGAAGAAGCAGGAGGUCCACCCUCAUGGGCAGGAGGGCUGGCAGGAGGCCUUGCAAGGGUCUGGUCUGUGACACUAGUCUCUCCCUUUGAGCUCGUCAGAACAAAGAUGCAAGCUAAGAGUAUGUCAUAUAGAGAAGUGGGAGAAGUCCUACGAACACAACUAGCAAAGGAAGGAGUUGUGAGCCUGUGGCGGGGCUGGGUUCCAACAAUCCUACGAGAUGUUCCAUUUUCAAUAUUAUACUGGUAUACGUACGAGAAGCAGAAAAAGUUAAUGAAGCAAGAAUACCCCACAUUCACCUUUACAUUGUUUGCUGGAGCAUUAUCCGGUGGAAUUGCUGGUGCUCUCACCCUUCCUUUAGAUGUUAUUAAAACUCAUCGGCAGAUUGAACUCGGUGAGAAGGCAAUAUUUGCAGAUCCUGCAAAUGGUACAAAAAGUGUUGGAUCCACGAGAACCAUGCUACAGAACAUCUACAGGCAACAGGGCAUCAAAGGACUCUUUGCCGGACUUGUACCACGUCUCGCCAAAGUGAUGCCUGCGUGUGCUAUCAUGAUAUCUACUUAUGAAUAUGCUAAAAGGAUUUUGAGAAAACAUAAAUCAGUGGUAGUUGAUACUUGACUUGGUUUAGUUUGUUUGUUAGGUUUAUUCAAGUAAUUUGCUCAGAGAGCUUGUAUAGUUGUUAUCUAUUGUAACAAAUUUUAUGAAUUGGAGGUGUUAUGUGAAGCAGAUUGUACUUUGUGUAUUAGAUACAUAGUGAAAGAAUGAAGACAUUGAUAUAAGUGUGAGAAAUAUACUCACAAAAUAAAGAGGUUUAUAUGA